AUGCUUCCCUCCACGAUCUUCUCGGUCUUCGCCCUCGUCGGCAGCGCCUUGGCUCAGCAGCCUCCCAAGGUUAACCACGACAGCAUCAACCCCAUCCGCGAUACUCUGGGCCCCAACGGCAACAUGAUCAGGAAGUUCCAGCCUCUGCUUCACAUUGCCCACGGUUGCCAGCCUUACUCCGCGGUCAACACCCGUGGUGAGGUCAACGCCGGUCUCCAGGACAGCGGUACCACCGCUGGCGGCUGCAAGGACACCGGCAAGGGCCAGACCUACGCCCGCUCUAUGACCCUGAACGGCCAGUUUGGCAUCAUGUACGCCUGGUACUGGCCCAAGGACCAGCCCGCCGACGGCAACCUCGUCAGUGGCCACCGCCACGACUGGGAGAACGUCGUCAUCUGGUUCAACUCGAACAACGCAAACCAGGCCGGCAUCCUGCGCGGCGCCGCCUCGGGCCACGGCGACUACAAGAAGGUCAACAACCCCCAGCGCAACGGCAACAACCUCCACGUCGAGUACUUCACCAGUCUCGGCAAGAACCACGAGCUGCAGUUCAAGACGUCGCCCGGCCGCACCUACUGGAUCUGGGACUGGGACAGGAUGGACAGCACCGUCCAGGGCGCCCUCAACCGCGCCGAUUUCAACCGCGCCAACUGCCCCUUCAACAACAACAACUUUGAGAGGAACAUGCGCGCCGCGUUUUGA